ACACACACACACACACACACACACACACACACACACACAUCUUAAGCUCGAAGCUGAUGAGAUUGACUGACUGGCCCUUGGCACCACAGAGAAAUAUGUGAGUGGUUACAGACUCAAGGAAACCUCUCAUUUUAGAGUGCUCAUUUGGUAAGACUCAGCCCCGUGGAAUGGGACAAAGUUGGUGUGGGGGAAGGAGCUUAAAACUGAGAUUCACCCACCUCAGGGUGCCGCUGUCCUGCGUUUUUUACAGCACGUAGGCUGACUUGGAAAGAGGACAGGAAUCUAAGCCAGAAGACCUAGGGCCAGGCCAUCAGUGAUCUAUGUGGCCUGACAUGACCUCACUGGCCUUAGGCUACUUUACUGGGAAAGCACUUCUGGAGGGCUGUGCUGUUUAAAUGGGAGAACAGAGUUCCGAUAUAUUAUCGCUCUGCUUUGUAGCCCACAUCCGAUCAUAAAGGAGAGUCUUGCACCUACGUUCUUAAUGAUUUUUGUUUUAGAGAAACCAGUCUGGAGAGAGCACAUAUUUCAUUAAAUCUCUUUAAGGCUCCCUGGCCAGUUCUCAGCUAAACCACACAGUUAAAUCUUUCACCAGCCAGGAGAAGGCCAAAUUUGGAAGCUAGGGUCAGUCCUCUGUCUAGUUUUAUACCUGGAAAUAGAGGGAGGGGAAACUUUGAAAAAGAGGGCAAAGAUGCUCAAGGAAUGCACAAACAUGAUGUCUUGGGUUUUAUUCUGUAGACUUGGUAUUCCGUCUUAAGUGUUCCAGAGAAUCAGGAGAUACUGCCUGGCUGUUUGUCCUGAACAAGUCAUUUGAACCCUGAGUCUCAAUUUCAUCACCAGUGAAAUAAGGAUAAAGAUAUUGGCCGUAUCAGCCUUGUGGAAUCAUUCUAAGACUUGAAAGAUAAUAUUUUUAGCAAGGGUUUGAAUAGCAUCCAGUGUUUUUUCAGUCCCCGAAGAAUCAUUAUCAUUAAUAUUGAAAGAGUUACUUAUUUUUUUUUUGUUUCCCAUAAACCCAAAUGGUCUUUUGAUGUAUAUAUAUAUUUUUUUUACCCUGGGAAAGGAAAUAUAUGUAUACAGGUAUUUGUAAUUAAUGCUGGCAGUGGUAUUCCCAGCAGUAAGGCUAAAGCAUUGUUACCAAAUGGCUUUGAGUGCCUGUUGUUUCUAUAAGCGCAGAGAUGGAAUAUGUUUGCUAGCUUGUGGGAAAACCGCACCAGCUGGCAGGCUGCAGCUAUCAAAGCAAAGCUAACUACGUGUGUCCUAAAAUAAGACCGAGUGGACAAUCUUACACUCAUUUAGUCAAUCUCUGUUUGCUCUCUUCUCUGCAGUUUUAAAGCAAAAUUUUGGACUGUGAAGCAAGGCAUUGGGCGAAGACAACAUGGCCUCACCGGCUGACAGCUGCAUUCAGUUCACCCGCCAUGCGAGUGAUGUUCUUCUUAACCUUAAUCGUCUCCGGAGUCGGGACAUCUUGACGGACGUUGUCAUUGUGGUGAGCCGUGAACAGUUCAGAGCCCAUAAGACAGUGCUCAUGGCCUGCAGUGGCCUCUUCUACAGCAUCUUCACUGACCAGUUGAAGUGCAACCUUAGCGUAAUCAAUCUAGAUCCUGAGAUCAACCCUGAGGGGUUCUGCAUCCUCUUGGACUUCAUGUAUACAUCUAGGCUCAACCUGCGGGAAGGAAACAUCAUGGCUGUGAUGGCUACAGCCAUGUACCUGCAGAUGGAGCACGUUGUGGACACGUGCAGGAAGUUCAUCAAGGCCAGCGAAGCAGAAAUGGCCCCAGCACUUAAGCCUCCCCGAGAAGAGUUCCUGAACAGCCGCAUGCUGAUGCCCCAUGAUAUCAUGGCCUACAGAGGGCGUGAGGUCGUGGAGAACAACCUGUCGCUAAGAAAUCCCCCUGGGUGUGAGGGCAGAGCCUUUCCCCCUAGCCUCUUCAGUGGCCUGUCAACACCGCCAGCCUCGUAUCCUAUGUACAGCCACCUCCCACUCAGCAGCUUCCUUUUCUCUGAUGAAGAGCUACGAGAUGCCCAUGCCCGCAUGCCUGUGGCUAACCACUUCCCCAAGGACCGGACCCUCUCCUGCGACAGUGUCAGGCCAGUCCCCGGUGAAUAUAGCAGACCAGCCAUGGAGGUGUCCCCCAGCUUGUGCCACAGCAACAUCUACUCACCCAAGGAGGCAGUCCCAGAGGAGGCACGGAGUGACAUGCACUACAGUGUGACUGAGGGCCCCAAGCCUGCUGCCCCCUCUGCCCGGAAUGCCCCAUACUUCCCCUGUGACAAGGCCAGCAAAGAAGAAGAGAGACCCUCUUCGGAGGAUGAAAUCGCCCUGCACUUCGAGCCCCCUAAUGCACCCUUGAACCGGAAGGGUCUGGUUAGUCCCCAGAGUCCCCAGAAAUCUGACUGCCAGCCCAACUCACCCACAGAGUCCUGCAGUAGCAAGAACGCCUGCAUCCUUCAGGCCUCUGGCUCCCCGCCAGCCAAGAGCCCCACUGACCCGAAAGCUUGCAACUGGAAGAAGUAUAAAUUCAUUGUGCUCAACAGCCUCAACCAGAAUGCCAAAUCAGAGGGCACGGAGCAGGCAGAGCUGGGCCGCCUCUCCCCUCGAGUCUACCCGGCCCCACCUGUCUGCCAGCCACCUUUGGAGCCUGAGAACCUUGGUCUCCAGUCCCCAACCAAGCUCAGUGUGAGUGGAGAGGACUCAACUAUCCCCCAAGCCAGCCGACUCAAUAACAUCGUGAACAGGUCCCUGACAGGCUCCCCCCGAAGCAGCAGUGAGAGCCACUCACCACUUUACAUGCACCCCCCAAAGUGCACGUCCUGUGGUUCUCAGUCCCCACAGCAUACAGAGAUGUGCCUCCACACUGCUGGGCCCACGUUCCCCGAGGAGAUGGGAGAGACCCACUCAGAGUACUCAGAUUCCAGCUGUGAGAACGGGGCCUUCUUCUGCAAUGAAUGUGACUGCCGCUUCUCUGAGGAGGCCUCACUCAAGAGGCACACGCUGCAGACGCACAGCGACAAACCCUACAAGUGUGACCGCUGCCAGGCUUCCUUCCGCUACAAAGGCAACCUCGCCAGCCACAAGACCGUCCACACAGGUGAGAAGCCUUACCGCUGUAACAUCUGUGGAGCGCAGUUCAAUCGGCCAGCCAACCUGAAGACCCACACUCGAAUUCACUCUGGAGAAAAGCCUUACAAGUGUGAGACCUGUGGGGCCAGGUUUGUGCAGGUGGCCCACCUCCGUGCCCAUGUGCUCAUCCACACCGGAGAGAAGCCGUACCCCUGUGAAAUCUGUGGCACCCGCUUCAGGCACCUUCAGACGCUAAAGAGCCACCUGCGCAUCCACACAGGAGAGAAACCUUACCAUUGUGAGAAGUGCAACCUACACUUCCGCCACAAAAGCCAACUGCGACUUCACCUGCGCCAGAAGCACGGCGCCAUCACCAACACCAAGGUGCAAUACCGCGUGUCGGCUGCUGACCUGCCUCCGGAGCUCCCCAAAGCCUGCUGAAGCAUGGAGUGUUGACUCUUUUCUCCCUAGCCCUUUCUCAGAACCUCCCCAAAGGAUGCUGUAACACUUUACAAAGGUCACCCCAUGAUGUAGUGCCUCUCUCAUCCACUAGUGCAGAUCAUAGUUGGGGUGGG